AUGACUCAGUUACGAAAGGCAUCGCGAGCUUCCGCACACGCCCUGCAGAAAGCUAGCACACGACUGUCCGUUCAGGAUAUUUUGUCACUACAUUCAAAUCAUUCCUCGCGUUCAAAGCAAUCUAUAGUGAUCGAGGAUUUGCCGUCCCCUAUACAGGAGCAGACAGAUGACGAAGAAACAUCAUCGUCUGAAACUACUGGAACUGCAAAUAGCUGUCGGUACCUUCCUCCAGGUGAGGAACUUCCGUGCCUCUGCAAAUACGAUGCCGAAGGAAAUAUUCGGGUGAUGAAAGCGCUGUGUCCGGUUCACGGAUUUAUGGUCAGGAGAAACUACGAUUACAGCGUUUCCAACAGCGAUGAGGACGCAGCGGAAGACGACGAGGUACAUAAGGAAGAACCUUACUUUCCAGAACCAUACGUACCUAGAAGGAGCAGUUCUAUGAAGAAGAGGAAGGAUAAAAGGAGAACGGGUGGAAACGGACGAACGUCUGAUCAAAGCUCAGCGCCAAAGCCGCCAGACGAGCCAUAA